UCAGAGUCCUCUGCGUCGAUCUGAGGAGUAGGCUACACAGUUGUGUGAGAGGAAAAGGAGAGCUCUGUAUUAUUCAGUACAUCACUGAACCUUCCUGCUACACUGUUAUACUGUGGCAGUGCAUAAGUGGACCUUUCCGUUGCUUGUGUGCCUACAGAUGGUCUAUUUUAAGUGCACAGUGUAGUAGUUACUGUAACGAGUGCGCCCGCAUCACUGGACUUCACAUUGGUGAAAACUAGAGAAGUAGAUCAAAGAAGACAGAACAAGAGUUGACAAGACAUUUUCCAGAGCCAGAAGUUUGUGGAAACAGGAUGGAGGAGAGCCUUGCAUCUCUAACACACUAGAUCCUUCACUGUUCCAGCCAUCACUGCCCCACACUGGCCCUGCGUUCCUCAAGACUACUGAUUUAUUUGAAAUGAUUGAGAAAAUGCAGAGCAACAGAAUGGAUGAGCAACGAAGCACUCUUCCUCCUCCUCUCAAAACUGAGGAAGACUACAUUCCUUACCCCAGCGUUCAUGAGGUUCUCGGCAGACAGAGUCCAUUUCCCUUGAUUCUGCUGCCCCAGUUUGGGGGUUAUUGGAUUGAAGGGACCAAUCACAAGCUGAGCAAUGGGAUUGACCCGGAGCAGCUCCUGUCUCCCACCUCACGUUUCAAACUGGAGUGCAACAACACAGCUAAGAUCUACAGGAAACAUUUUCUGGGCAAAGAACACUUUAAUUAUUAUACAGUGGACAGUGCCCUGGGCCACCUGGUGUUCUCCAUGAAAUAUGAUGUUAUCGGGGACCAAGAGCAUCUCCGUCUCAUGCUCAGAACAAAAAUGAAAACGUAUCACGAUGUGAUUCCAAUAUCUUGUCUAACCGAAUUCCCCAACAUUGUCCAGAUGGCCAAGCUCGUCUGUGAAGAGGUGAACGUGGACCGCUUUUUCCCAGUGCUUUACCCAAAGGCCUCCAGACUCAUUGUCACAUUCGACGAACACGUCAUAAGCAACAACUUCAAGUUCGGAGUCAUUUAUCAGAAGUUUGGACAGACCUCAGAGGAGGAGUUGUUUGGGAAUAACGAGGAGGGUCCUGCUUUGGUGGAGUUUUUAGAGUUUCUGGGACAGAAAAUCGAGCUCCAUGACUUCAAAGGGUUUCGUGGAGGGUUGGACGUGACACAUGGACAGACAGGCUCUGAGUCUGUGUACCACAAUUUCCACAACAAGGAGAUCAUGUUCCAUGUGUCAACUAAGCUGCCUUACACAGAGGGCGAUACACAGCAGCUGCAGAGGAAGAGGCAUAUAGGAAAUGACAUCGUGGCCAUAGUGUUUCAAGAGGAGAGCACUCCAUUCGUGCCAGACAUGAUUGCUUCCAACUUCCUGCAUGCCUAUGUAGUGGUGCAAGUGGAAAAUGCCUGUUCUGACAACGUCCUCUACAAAGUUUCGGUAACAGCGCGAGAUGACGUCCCAUUCUUCGGACCACCCCUCCCCAACCCAGCCAUUUUUAAGAAAGGUCCAGAGUUUCAUGAAUUCUUGCUUUCCAAGCUGAUCAAUGCUGAAUACGCUUGUUACAAAGCUGAAAAAUUUGCCAAAUUAGAGGAGCGCACCCGGUCUGCCCUGCUGGAGACGCUGUAUGAGGAGCUGCACAUCAACAGUCAGGCCAUGAUGGGGUUGGGAGGAGAGGAGGACAAACUGGAGAAUGGAGGAGGAGGGGGAGGGGGCUUCUUUGAAUCUUUCAAGCGGGUGAUCCGCAGCAGGAGCCAGUCUCUGGACACCAUGGGCCUCAAUAUCAGGAAGUACACAGUCUCCAAUAGUCACAGCGGCAGUUUCACCCACAACAACAUCAACCACCUCUCACCAGAGACCCCCAAAACCCCUGGGAUAUCAUUGCUUGUCCCAGGCAAAAGUCCCAGUAAAUAUGGACGGCGUGGCAGUGCCAUAGGAAUAGGAACCAUAGAAGAGUCUUUGAUCAUUCCUGGAAAAAGCCCAACUAGGAAAAAGUCAGGACCCUUCAGCUCUCGGCGUAGCAGCGCUAUCGGCAUUGAGAACAUCCAGGAGGUCCAGGAGAAAAGAAUUGCCGCUCUGUUGUCAGAGGACAGGACAGUGCUCUGUCUCUCUCUACCCAGCGUCACUCUCAAGAAUGGGAGGCUCAUCGUGGAUCCCUCCAAGGAGAGCUCCCCCAGCACACAGAAGACUCCUGACAGUGGCCACGCCUCCCAGGAACCCAAGUCUGAAAACUCCUCCAAUCAGAGCUCUCCUGAGGUCCUCGUCACUAAGAACAGUUCAAGCAUUUACAGCCGGGCUCCGUCCAUUCCUGAGGCUCAUGACCUGUCCCGCUCCUCCUCUAAUGCCAGCAGCUUUGCUAGUGUGGUAGAGGAGAACGAAACAGAGGCUACAGAGGACUAUGACACCGGCAUGGAGAGUCUGUCAUCAGCAGAUACUCCUCAUAAACGAGACUCUUUGACAUACAGCACAUGGCUUGAGGACAACAUGAGCACUACCAGUACAACCAGUAGGGAGAGCUCUCCUGCCCCUGGCAAAACUCAACAGCAGGAUGGUGUAAAGAACCAGGAGCAGAACCGUACAGACAUUCGCAUCAAACUUGAGCGACCGCAUGACCCCAAAUCCACAUCGAACUGCUAGCCUCUCCUGCUUGACUGCCUCAUGGACAUCCAUCAACAGCAUUUCCAUUAGAAACACCUUAGAGAGACAAGGAGAGCUCGGGUUACUUGAUGAAGAAGAGGACGAUGACACCAGUCAGCUGCAUGAGUGACAACGUGUAUGGCCCGAAACCACGAUCAUGUGACCAUGCCUCCAUCAGGACACUCACUACCCUCGCAGACUUGACUAGAAAUAGGAAGGAGUUGGAUAGGCAGUCAGAAACUGUGCAUUAGCCCUCCUUCAGACUUGUCCUUAACCCCCUUGUGAGUACAUCAGUAAAUGAAUGAGAACCUCCUCUGUAGCAGUGUCUAAUGACAUGUCAUUGUGCGGAUGAGUGGCUAAACUAGCAGGUUGUUUGAGGUCCUAACACUGUGCUAAAAUUCAGUUCUGUGAAGUUUUUCUCCUCAAGGACAUUUUACCUGCUUGCACGAUGAAAGCAUUUUCAGCCCUGUCCCAAAUGGUGGGCUGUGCAACAGGGCGCAUAGAGCAUCCUUCUGAAACCUAAAAUGACAAAUGGGACUUGCUACGGUCAUCGCACAUCUGCAAGUACAGUACACAUCAAAUGCACUAUUUGGGACAGGGUCAUUUCUCAUAUUCUGAUAUUAUUGAUGUUCUUUCAGUCAGAUUUCAGGUGUAAAACCCCUUGAUCUAAUGUUUAUAACAGCUGUGCAAUACAUCUUUUGACAUUAUUUAAGAGUAACUCCACUCAAAAACUAGUAAAAAAAAGCUGUUUUGUGAAUUUCAGUUCAGUCAAUGCAUAGUAUUUUGAGUCGCGGUGCACCGAUAUUAAAAAUAUAUCUGAUAAGCUGCUAAUUAUUUUCAUGUUAUGACAGGUAUUAAAAUUCUAUACUUAUUUGUAAAGAAACAACAAAUAAAAAUAAAAUGUAACUUUUUAAAUGCUACUAAGUAAGGUAUCACAGCAUUAUAAUGUGCAGUAUAAAAUUGGAUAUUCUUUUUGAAAUUGUUUUUAAAGAUUCAUUUUAAAGUGCCCCUAUUAUGCAAUUUUGAAGUUUCCUAAUGUUGUUUUGGAGGUCUCCUACAACAGGUUCACAUGCAUCUAAGGUAAAAAAAAAACGGUUUUUCACCACAUUUUUCAAUGAUUCUCAAACGACUCGUCAGAUGAAUCAGUCUCUCUAAAUCCCUCCUUUCCGCGAGCUACUCUGCUCUGAUUGGCCAGACAGCUCAGUCUGUUGUGAUUGGUCUACCGCGUACAGCGCGCGUAUCGAAAACAAAAACGCCCAGCAAUUCUACACCAUAAACUAAAGACAGUAACGAACAAUGAUGUCGAUUUUACCAUAUCAAUCCGAGUGCGAGUCUGAAGAUUUAACAUUGGAGGAACUAGUUAUUCAACCCGAACCUCCAUCGGAAGGACGACUCGAGCAGGACAUUUCUCACUGAUACACUACUCAGUUUGGGGUACAUUAUGAGAUGUUGCAACUGUAAUUCCUCACCAUCAGUAUUAACAAGUGUAUGUCAACAAUGUAUCAACAAACCAAUUAUUUUACUUACACUUAUUUA